AUGGCUGGACCCUUAUUGGGCAUCUACUUCUCCAUCUGUAUUCCCCUGACAGCCGCAACCUUCGCCCUCGUUUUUCGAUUUUUGGCACGGCGAAUUUCAAAGUGUCAUCUGUGGUUCGAUGACUACUUCGCGUUGCUUUCAUACAUCUUUGGCUGGGGAUAUCUCGUAACAGUCCUCAUUCUAUUAACACAUUUCAGUCUCGGCAAAGCUCCUAAACUGAUGGACCCCGAUCAGGUCGAGGAGGUACUCACGAAGGUACGAAAGUUGAUAUGGGUGAAUGAACUCAUGUACGCGUCCACAAUCGCGUUUUCUAAGCUCUCCUUCAUCUCCUUGUACUGGCGCAUCUUCAAAUUCACCGUCAUUCGCAUACCGAUCCGUCUCCUACUUGUUGCCUGUUCCGCUUGGUUCAUUAUCCGAACCUUCGCUAUCCUGUUUCAGUGCUGGCCAGUAUCAUACAUCUGGGACAAGACUAUCAAAGGCGGCACAUGUAAACUCAACAUAAGCAGAUUCCUUUUUGGCACAGUCCUCACUCAUUGCCUCAUGGACAUCACCAUCCUCGUUCUACCGGUGUUUCCCGUGGUGAAGAUGCAUCUCUCAUGGCAGCAAAAGGUGGGAAUCAUCGGACUAUUUGCCUCUGGAAUAAUAGUUGUGUCCUGCUCUGUACUUGUCUUGAUACAGGUUAUCAUGUACAAGCCCCUAGACGCUAGUUACACUCUCAAGCUUGUGAAUUUUAUUGUAUGGGGCAAUGCGGAGGCUGCUUACCUAUACUGCGUCCAGUAUUUCGCAGAAUUGUUCCCAGAAAGAGACGAAGCUCACCCUCUGAACUGGAGCUACGCGAGCGUGAUGUUAGAGCUUCUCAAAUGA